UGGUGCGUGAAAUUGAGCAAUUCAAUGAAAUUCCAUUUGAAUUGUAGCAGCUAGAUUGAAGCAUUCGUGUUCUUUAAAGAUUUCUGUUAGAAGCAGAGAGGAUUUUGAAUUAAGCUCAUUUAUUGUAUUUUGGACUCUGGGGAAACCUAGAUUCCGUCAUCUAGAGAAGGAUUUAGUCAAAUAAUAUAUCUGCAAAAAUAUAGUAGGAAGAGAGUGUAUUUCUAGCAUUUUUGGAAUGGCAACUUCGUUGAGUUUCUGCAGCGGUGAAACUCCUUAUGCUGGAUUCAGAACGAGUUUGCCGUUGAUUUCAUCGAGAAGGAUUAAGUUUGCAGCAUCUGUAGCUUCGCCUGCUGGAUUUUUGUGUCAAAGAAGAGUUGUUGGUUGCACAAGUAGAGCCUUGAGAAGCAGUUGUGUGAGAGGAGCCACUUCUAUGGGUGCGAAGUCCAAGACUGUGCAAAGUCCCAAUGGAAGUGUGGGGCAAUUGAGCUGUGUCAUGAAGUUUGAUGCGUCUUCAGUGGCAUCAGCUAAAAGGAUGAGGGAAGUUGCCGAACUUAUUCUCAGUAUUCCUGAAGAAAAACCCGUAAUUGUUCUGUCGGCAAUGGAGAAGACGAAUAAUAGGCUGCGAUUGGCUGGGGAAAAGGCCGUCGAUUGUGGUGCUUCUAAUGUAUCCAACAUUAAUGAGUUGAGAUCUAUUAAAGAACUGCAUCUCAAGACUGUCAAUGAGCUUGGAGUGGAUAGGUCUACCAUUUCUUCAUUGCUAGAGGAAUUGGAGAAAUUUCUAGAAGGGGUUGCUUCAGUGAAGGAGAUGACUCCAUGUACAAUAGACUAUUUAGUAUCAUUUGGAGUGCGCAUGUCAACAAGGAUUUUUGCAGCAUAUUUGAACAAAAUCGGUGCUAAAGCUCGCCAAUAUGAUGCAGAUAAUAUCGGUUUUAUAACCACAGAUGACUUUACAAAUGCUGCUAUCUUGGAAGCAACUUAUCCCGCUGUUGCAGAGAGAUUGCAUGGAGACUGGAUAAGUGAUCCUGCGAUUCCUGUUGUCACUGGCUUCCUCGGAAAGGGACAGAAAUCUUUUGCUAUAACUACCUUAGGAAAGGGCGGGAGUGACUUGACAGCUACAACCAUUGGCAAAGCCUUGGGUUUACGAGAAAUUCAGGUGUGGAAGUAUGGGGAUGGUUUUUUGACCUGUGAUCCUAAUAUUUACCCGCACGCAGAGCCUGUACCGUUUUUGACAUUUGAGGAAGCAGCUGAACUUGCAUAUUUCAGUGCACAGGUUUUGCAUCCGCAAUCCAUGCGACCUGCUAGAGAGGCGAAUAUUCCUGUUCGGGUCAAGAACUUUUGUAAUCCUAAGGCUCCGGGUACCCUCAUCACCAGAGAUAGAGAUAUGAGUCAGACUGUACUAACCAGCAUAGCGUUGAAGCAGAGUGUCACUGUGCUGGAUAUAAAGAGCACUCGAGCAGUUGGUCAACACGAUUUCUUUAAGAAGGUCUUUUCCAUCUUUGAAGAAUUGGGUAUCUCUGUAGAUGUGGUUGCAACUAGUGAAGUCAGUGUUUUGUUGACAUUGGAUCCCUCAAAGAUUUUGCACAGAGAAUCAAUUCAGCAGAAGCCAAGUGAGCUUGACCGUGUAGUGGAAGAGCUCAAGAAGAUUGCAGAAGUGGAUCUCUUUCUGCACAGAUCUAUAAUAUCCCUUAUUGGCAAUGUGCAGCACUCUCCACAGACACUAAACGAGGUAUUGAGCAUUCUUAUAGAUAAAGAAACCAAUUUCCAGAAGAUCCCUCAAGGAGCAUCUAAGGUGAACAUGUCCUUGAUAGUGAAGGACAGCGAAGGGGAACAAUGCCUGAGGGAGCUUCAUUUGAAAUUUUUUGAGAAGAGGGUUCCCUUUGAACUCAAUACAGCAGAUGCAUUCCAAAAUAGGCAUGACUCUUUAUCAUGUAGCAUUUAUCUCUCCUUUCUGUGA